UUAAUUAAUCUGCUUAAUAACAAUUUCAGAUUGCUAUAGUAGAGCACAAUGGGGAAAACUACUUGUCUGCUGGUGAGAUGCCUCUACCAAACCUCUAUUUUUUAAUGUCUUUCAUAUUUUUUGUCACAGGUUGUGCAUGGAUAAGUGUACUUAGGCGGAAAAGGGAGGAAACUUUUAAAAUUCAUUAUUUAAUGGGGCUUCUGGUAUUUGUGAAAUCAUUAUCCCUCUUAUUUCACGGUAUAAAUUACCAUAUUAUUGCAAAAGAUGGCUAUCCGAUGGAAGCAUGGGCAGUUCUGUACUACAUAACACAUUUGUUAAAAGGUGCAUUGCUUUUCAUCACCAUUGUACUAAUUGGAACAGGAUGGGCUUUCAUUAAGCACAUCCUGAGUGAUAAGGAUAAAAAAAUUUUUAUGAUUGUCAUUCCUUUACAGGUCUUAGCUAAUGUAGCCAAAAUAAUUAUGGAAGAAAGUGAAGAAGGCGAAUCUCAGCAUUAUACAUGGAGAGAAAUAUUUAUUCUUGUAGAUUUAAUUUGUUGUGGAGCUAUAUUAUUCCCUGUUGUGUGGUCAAUCAGGCAUCUUCAGGAAGCUUCUCAAACUGACGGCAAAGCUGCUAUAAAUUUGGAAAAGUUGAAAUUGUUCAGGCACUUUUAUGUAAUGAUAGUUUGCUACAUAUAUUUCACAAGAAAAAUUGUUUAUCUUCUUAAGAUAACUGUGCCUUUUCAGUAUGAAUGGUUAGAUGAAGUAUUCCGUGAAGCUGCAACUUUUACAUUUUUCAUCGUGACAGGAAUAAACUUUCAACCAACUACCAGCAAUCCUUACUUCCGUUUGCCACAAGAUGAAGAUUUAGAAAUGAAUGAAGUGAUUACCCAAACUGGAUUUACGGAAAAUGUUUCGAAAACAGUCAGAUCACGUGAAAAUGCUGGCCAAGGAGACGAAACUAGUGCUACUAAGCGCGAAAGUAGCCAUGAAUAUGAUUAACAUGAAAACAAAUAUUUAGUUUCCGAGAUUUGUGUAAACAAGACUGCUCAUUUUUUAAAAAUUUAAUUACUGUACAUUUUACAGUUGUCUCUUUUUUUUCAUAUAUAAAUUAUUAUAGUUUCUCAUUACUACCAUAUUAGAGAAUUAAAUUUUUUGUCUUCAUUUGUUUUAAAUUUUUAUUUUCAAUCAUUGCAUAAUUUAUUUUAAAUGUUGCAAAUGAAAUGGAUGAAUUUAAGUCUGGUGUUAUGAAUUCUGUAAAUUAAGUUAAAUAUCACAAAGCUUAAGUGAUACAUUUGAAAAUGUGAUAUAUAAAGAUAUUUUGCAGCUGUAAUCAUAUAUUGAUAUCCUAUUAAAAAUAAUCAUUGUCUUCCCCCCCCCCCGGCUAUUUAAAAGAUGCCACCUCAGUUAGCAAUACAUGCUAUCAUUUAAUGUUGACAGCAUUUUCAUACCUUGUUUUACAGAAGAAAAAGCAUCACCACACACAUAAAAAUCUCCAGUAACAGAACAAAAUAUUUAUUAAAAGUAUUGACUAAAUUUGAAAUUAACAUAAGCAUAUAAACUUUUUUUUUUUUAAAUUUAAAUACAUUUUAGUAUUUUCCUUUAAUUUUGCCAUUUAGUUAGUUUUCUUCCUCCUAGUUUUAUUUGUUUGUUGAAAAAAAUUUGCUUAAGUAAUUUUACAAAGAAAAGCAUAAAAUAUGAAAAUAUUCUUAUGUUAAAAAUCCACAUAAAGUAAUUAUUUUUUUAAAUAUAAUAUUUAUGAGAUAUUUUGGCAGAUAUUCUUUAAAAAAACUGAUGCUUCAUUGGGAAUGAAAAGUAGAGAAAAGUUUCAGUAGUAGCUAUUUUUGUUAAAGAAGUAACUGUAUAUGAUAACAGAACAAAAUUUAAGUAAAUUAAUAAUUAACUUCUGCAAAUACUGUUUUCCUGAAUAAAAAUCAUUCUUUCUUUUCUUGCUUCUGUAAAUUCCAUAUUUUAGUGAUUAUAUUGAAAUCAGUAAUUUUAUUAAUAAUAUCUGUAGAAGGCAAUUAAAUUCUAAAUGAUGUAUUAAAGAAUUUAUUUCAGGAGGAAAUGUUAAAUUGUAAUGAUAAUUGUCAUAUUUGGCAACAUUAAGGAUAAAAAAUUAUUUAAUGCAGUUAACAGGGGAAGGAAUCUAAAUUUUUAAAUUUGAUUCACACUUUAACAAGAAUGAUUCUAAAGGCUUUCGAAAUUACUGUAAAAUUGUAUUUACUAUUAUGAAACCUUUCAGACCUUCCUCAGUUAAUGAAUGCAGAUAUCUGUUACCUUUUCCACUGCUCAUUAUAUUUAUUAUUAUUAUUAUUAUUAUUAUUAUUAUUAUUAUUAUAUUAUUUUUUUUUUUUUUUUUUUUUUUUAAGUUUUAUUGACUGUGUUUUCAAGGAUUAUCAAAGAAUUUUUUAUGUGAAUCUUUGCAGAAGCAGAAAAAUAUCUUUUUAGUUUUAACUAUAUUCAUGGGGAAAUAAGAUUGUGUUGGGAUAUGAAUAUAUUCCUACUAGCCAAUUUAUUAUAGCAUUUGUAUUCUGAUCUGUUGCUUAUGUUACUCUACUUUAUCUUAAAUUAAUUUUGAGUUUGAGCACUAAACAAGUAUCUUUUUGCAGAUGAUGCUAUGGGAUAUUUUCCUGGUGUGUUCUUGUGUGUUUAUUUUUCAUUCCAAUGCUAAGUUAAAUAUGUAUAUAACUUGCAAUUAAGUGUAAAACUAGGAUUCUUGGAAAGAGCUGUCAACAGCUUGGCUAGGUUUUGCAUAAUUACAUAAAAUAUACCAAAAUGCUAAAACUAGUCUGGCCUGUAAUAGAUAUUUCAGUUUACCCCAUUUUUAAUCCCAACAUUAAUCUAAGUUGGGAUUUAAAAUAAAUAUAUAUUUUAAUACUGUAUAUCACAUGUCCACUCAAUAUGUGGGAAGUGUGGAAAUUUCAUUCAUUUUAUUACUAUUAGUACUAUUUUAGCAGUAUUUUGCUACUGUAUAUAUUUAUGUAAAUUCUUUCAUUUUCAAUAUAUAUAUAUAUUUUUAUUAAAGUUGUAUGUUUCAAUUGUAAUAUAAAAUUUUCCUGUUAUGUCCUGUUAUGCCUUUUUGUAUUCUAACUUUUUGUGUUAAAGAUACACGAAAAGGUCCUCGUGUUUGAUAUUGCAAUGCACUAUAAUCUUUAAAUCUCUGCUUUGUACAACUAAAACCUCAGAGUUUAAUGAUGUGCAAAUCUGAUUUUAUGUAGUCUGUAUAUUAUCUAAUUUAAGAGUAGUUUUUUUUUUUUUUUUUUUAAGCAUUUAACCCAUUAGUAGUGUUUCAUUUGUAUUGGUAAAGCACUGAAAGCCUGAUGGGUAAUAUAAUUAAGAGAAUUUUUAUCCAAAAUCUAUUAUCUGUGCAUAUUUUAUAAAAUGGAAGCUGUCAUGAAUGCUUACAAUUUCGAAAUGAAAACUGUAUAAUAAAUAUGAUUUACAUAAAAAUUGUAGAACAUAGUUGUAUAGCUUAACCUUAAUAAUUACUUUGUUAUUAAAAAUUAAUUUUAAAAAGUGUCAAAUAAAACUGUUUAUUGCAUCCUAGCAUUUCUUCGUGCUAAUUAGCUGAACACGUUGACUGCCCAACACGAGAUAACUCAUAUUAGCUGUCUUCUUCGGGACGCCCAAUAUGAGUUAUCUCGUAGCUUCUUGAUUUGCCACUUUGUGCCGCUUCGAGUUAAUUUGUAGUUUAUAAGUCUAAAUAUGAAUGGAUGGCCUCUUGGAAGAAAAUAAACAAUAAAGUUUGGGUUAUACAAAUAGAAAUUUUAUUGAAAAUGAACCAAAAAUAUACAUUCAAUGUUUAUUCAUUAGUUUAAAAAAAAAGAAUAUAUUUAUUGUUUUUGAUAAAUUUUAAAACAAUCUUCAACACAAAGAGCUGGCUUCGCUUCAUAGACUGGACAGAAAUAAUAUGUUUCCCUGCAUAUGUGAGCUCUUGUACAAACUCAACAAAGCUAUUUCUUCUUUGCAGUAGGGGGAAUACUUUGCAAACAAUGAAGGUUGCCCAAUUUAGAUUUUUUAGCAGAAGCUAAUUGAAUAUUUUCGCCAAUCAGUGUCUUCACAAAUUCUUUUCUGAAUUUUGUUAGUUUUACUGUAAAACAAUUUAUUUUUUAAAAACGUUUGUGUACAUUAUGUAUAUAUAUCUCAAUAAUGUGUAGUGCAACUUUUUUUGGCCACCUAAUUGUCUUUCGAAGAGCUGUGUAGUAUGAUAGCAUUUGAUCUGAUCGAUCAAUGCCAGACAUUCUGUUGUUGUAGUCUCGAAUUGUGUUCAUUUUCAUCGAAAUCAUUUUAUUUCUAUUCUAUUGUAUCUUUUUAUUUUUAUUUCUGUUCUUAUUCUAAUCUUAUUAUUCCUAUUUUAUUUUAUUCUAUUUCUAUGUCUGUAUGAAUCAACUUGUAGUGGGCUUCUGCAAAAAGCUUUGUCUAACAAAAGCUGACUACGAGAUAAUUCGUAAGACACUUUUUUCUACAAAAAAAAAUCAUCUUGUAAACUUUUUAAUGAUUUUUAUGAAUCAUAAUUAUUGUUUUUAAUAAUAUAAUAUGAUUAAAUCGAUUUGGCUUCUCGGAGCAGAAUCCAAAAAGUGCCGUGGCAGUCAACAUGUUAAGAGUAGAAUUUACAUCAUACAUGUAUUUUGUAAUAUUCAAAGUUUUUAAUUAAGGUAAUGUAAAAAAAUGGUAUUAAGUGUAAUUAAUGUACAUAUAUUUAAUGCCUAAUAAAACUUUAUUCACAUUACCUAACUGAAUUAUAAUGUGAAUAAAAUUAUUAGGUAUAUUUAAUAUAUAUACAAAGACCUUCAGUUCAUUCGAUAAAUACAUGUCAUUAGUAUUGUGUAGCUGCCAAUUCUCCUAGUUUUAUGUGAUGACAAAUUUUCCAGUUUUUAAUGAUCCAAAAAUAGAUUAGUUAAGUAGGUGAGAAGUACUUAACUAAUCUAGGUGGUAUAACUUUAUAGCUAAGUUAGGUGGUAUAUUUUUCAUAAAGCUAAAAGUAAUUCUGUUAUUUAGAAUCAUGGGAAAAUGUGAAUUUGACGAUAAUUCAAAAGGUAGGAGAAUCAAGACCAAUGAUUAGUGUUGAAUGCUUAUUUAAAUGUUCAGUACACAGAAUAUGGUUUGUUCAAUAUUAUCUAUAUAUAUAAGAAAAAGAAUAUGUAAAGAUAAAUUAUAAAUAAAAUCAAUAUCGUAAAUUAACUUCCCUUCUGUAUUCUAAAAAUAGUAAUCUCUUUUUGCUCUGCAUCAUUUCAAGACUAAUCCAUGUCAUAUGAAUUUCUGUCUUCUGCUUCCUUCUUAUUGCAAAGUUAUCAAAAAUAUAAACCUUUUGAAAUAAGCACAAAUAAUGUGCUAAGUUGUUUGUGGCUGCAACAUGUUUCCUGAAAUAAAAUGAGAGAUCCAUUCUGCCUCGUUUUCCUGUUUCCAAUUUAUUGUGGAUUGGCAUUUCAGCAACCUUCACCAUCAAAAUUCUUGCUCUUUAUUACAAAUUCAACCUUCUACAUUCUACACCAUCAAUAUUGUAAAGUCCUCUUACAACAAACAUCAUUGAUACUACAGGUUUUCCUUCACAUAUCCCAAUAGAUCUCUGAUUCUCUCGUUUUUUAAUUUUUAGCCUUUAUUAAGGAAUGUUUUCCAACAAUAAAUGAAAUUUCUUGAAUGAGUGAAACUUAAAUUGUACAAAUUCUUUUCCCCUAUUAAUAUUCAGAAUAAUUUUUCUUGUUAAGUUUUAUAUAAUUUGAACUGUAUUUUUUCUUAUUACAUUUUUAUGACCUCUUUCUUAUUAAAUUUCAUUUUAUCUGAAUUAUCUUAAUCUACUGCAUAUAUUUAUAGAUAUGAAGAUUCAUCCAAAGUUAAAUCAGUUAUUAUUUGUAUCUAUUUUACUUCAAUAUAUGGUGCAUUACUAAGUUUAUCUAGAUAAAUAUUAUGUACAUUAAUUAUUAAUUUUAUUUUAAUAGUAUUUAAAAGUACUUCAAUACAUAAAAGCUUUCCUUUCCUAUUUCGGAUUUUCUCAGCAUUAAAGUGUAAGAAAAUUACAAAAUAAAAUUAGCCAAAGAGCAUGAAAUUUGGAAUAUCUAAUUAAAUACUAAUAUAUUUUACUUCAGAAUUGAAUUGUUAAUAGUUCAAUAACCUGAAUCAUGCAUUUGUAAUGUGAAUUUAAGUCAGUUUGAAGUUCCUUUAAAGUGGCAUCUGCACAACAUGAAAACCUCCAGGUUUCUCUCUUUUUCAGAUUUUAAGGUUGGCAGCUAUGAUAUUGUGGUUGUAAAAAUAAUUUGAAAUCACAGACCAGCAGAAUGUUAUUGUAACAUAAUGUUUUGUGACAUAUUUUCAUUCCUGAUUUUUUUUUUUUUUUUUUUUUUUUUUUUUUUUUUUUUUUUUUUUAAUUAUGUGAGAAUUGAGUACAUUUUGUUACCUAAAUGUUUUUCAAAUAAUUUUUAAGGUAUGGGUAUUUCUGGAGAUUUUUACUGUCAAAUAUGAUUGUGCUUGUAAUCUAAUUAUCACACUUAAUUUUCUUGAAGAUUUCUGGGUUCUGAUUAAAAGAAAUAACUAUAUAUAAAUUAGGCUAAGUAUAAAGCAAACUUUUUCCACUGUAAUAAGUAUAUUCUUCUGAUAUGCGAGGGGGAAAACUGUUUGUCCAUACAUAUUAAUCAAAAUCUAGAAGAAACUUAAGUUACCUUUACUUAUAUUUUAAAUUCUGCCAAUUUUCAUUUUUGCUUACAAAUCAAUAUGUGAUAAUCUAAAUAAUGUGAUAAUAACUGUCUGAUCACAUUAAUUGAAAAAGCAACUGAACUAUAUCUUUUAGGUUAUUAAAAGUAGUUUUAUUCAUACAUGUUUUUGCUUUGCUUUGUCUUGUCAUGCAGUACUAAAUGUUGCUAUUAAAAGUAGUUAUGUGAUUCUGUCUUCAGAUUCUUUGAAAUAACUUUAGUAACAUCUCAUGAAUUUUCUGAAUUGGAAAAAAAAAAAUUAAAAUUACAGUGAAGAUUCGAAUUUUUUUUUAAUUAGAAGAAUGUGUUAGGUAAAUAAUUAAGUACACUUUUACUAAUAUCAAAUGGUGUAGUAUUUUUUAUAUAGAGUGUUGCCAAAAAAAAGUUUUGAAUCUUGUAAAAUACUUAAAAAUUCCUGUAAAGUUUUGUAAUUAGCUAACUCUGCAAUAAUUUCUCUUUUGUACUUUCAUUUAAGUUUCUACGUAAAUGAAAGUUCUUACCCAAGCACUUUCAUUUAAGUUCUUACUUUGAAUGAACAUAGAGCUGAAAAAGCUGCCAGUAAUCAAUGAAGGCCUUGUACUAAUAUUUCUUUUAGCAUGGGUUUUAAUGUGUUAAAAUUGCUUUUUGUGUUUCUAUUCAAAUUUAUUGAAGAAGAAAUGUCACCUAUAAAUUCCUAAGUAUAAAGCAUAGAGCUUUAACAAUAUAUUUACCAUAUUUAAUUUUUUAAGUAUUUUGUAAUAAUUUUAAGCUCUGUUGUAUUUUCGCUCUAUCUAAGAAAGAAAUAUUUCUUUUUAAUAAUUUUAUAAUAAAAUAUCAGUUGUUUUCAGUGCUCAACAUGUAAACUGUGUAAGGCACCUUUAAAAAGUUUUGUUUUCAGUAUACAUAUAUAGUUCAUAAUAUGCUGCAUUUUUAUGAAUCUGAGUCAGCAGUUUGUAUGAAUCUGAGUCUUUUAUCAGCAGUGUCACGAAACUGCUGAUAAAAAUGUGCUGUAUGAAAGGUGACUUAUUUAACACAGUAGAAUCAAUUCAAAAUUUAUUUGUAUAUCACAACGAAAAUGUUGGGUAAGAAAGUUGGAUUUACUUUAGUUUUAUCUUUUACAGUUUAGCAGCUCUUUCAGAUUACUUGCUUUUCAUGAUAUCUGUAACACUACAGCCUCAAGUGGGCAUAUGUAUUAUACAUAUACGUACUAUAUUCCUAUUUUGUCAAUAAUAAUUUUACACUAACACUUUCAUUCAGCUUAUGUCUAAAUUAGAUAUAUCCCCCCCUUUAUUUUUAUCUGCAAUUAGACUUUUAAAGAUGUUUUCUUUAACAAAUGAUUUAACUUUUUUUAAAUUAACUGAGCACAUGCAAUACUUGCCCAAGAUUGAAAUAAGUUAUAUGUUUUGAUUCCUUCAUUAAAAUUGUAUUAGGUUAUUUUAAAAAAUUCAUCAGAAUACAGGAAAUAGUUAGCAGCUAAUAGCCGUUUAUCCUCUUGCAGGCACUUAUAAAUUUAUGAGAAUAAUUUAUCUUAACUUUAACAUUUAUCCACAUUGUCUUAUGUUAUAAUAUACCAUAUUUUUAUUUUAUGAAAAUGUAAAUCCUUAUGAAGUGGUAUAUUCUACGGUGUUUUGUUAUUUUAAUCAAAACAUGAUUGCUGAGCAAACAAAAUGGAUUAUCUAGGACACAUGCAGAGAGAGUAGUAUAUCCACAGAAGUUUGUGAGAAUUAAUUAAAAAGAUUAGGGAAAUAAGUAUGAAAAUGAACAAAUGGAAAGAACUUGAUAAAGACCUGGUGUAAAUAUUAGUAAACUUGGAAGAAGAAUAUGCAUGGCAUUUGUUUUUAAUUGCAAAUUAAAUAAAUAUAUUUAAAAUCCAAGUAACUUUUGGAAGUGCUAAUAUAUCAGAUUAACAAGCUUUGAAUUGUAUUUGAAGUGUGAUGUUAACAAAACUCCCCUGCCCCCAUAUUCCGAAGAUGCUAGUCAGUAUGCAUUGGGCUAAUUGCCAUAUUGUGGUUUUCAUGUAUUGUUUCUUUCUUUGUUUUGUAUUAUUACUUUAUUAUUCAUGCUGUGAAUUUUUUAGUAAAGUGGUAGUAUAUUUUUCAAAGCUUUAUACCAAAAAAAAAAAAAAAAACCACUGCAUUUUUCUUAAAAGAUAGGUGUGUCUCUAUCAUGUAAUAUAUUCUAAAAUAAAUUUCAAAUAAAAGAAUUUAGGUAAUGAA